AUGGAAAACUUCACCUACAAUAGUUUCAUGCUCCAGCUGGAGGGCAUAGAUUUCACAAAAGAUGUUGUAUACUCCGCCUUUUUCUUGUUCCUAGCCUUCUACAUUUUUACUAUGACUCUGAACUUGGGUUUUUUGAUUCUAGUCAUUAUUGAGAAGAACCUUCACCAGCCCAUGUACAUUCUGUUUUGCAACCUGACAGUCAGUGAUAUCAUUGCAGUUACAGAAGUCUUUCCUCGCCUUCUGGUGGAUAUUUUGAGGCCUCCGUCUGAGCGCCUCAUCAGUUACUAUGAGUGUGUAGUUCAGGCGUUUCUGAAUCAGUGGGUGAGCAGCACUGCCCAUACGCUGCUGAUGAUCAUGGCCUUUGACAGAUACGUCGCUAUCUGCAACCCUCUGCGUUACUCUGUGAUUAUGACCAGCAGGAUGUUGGUGAAGCUGUCGGUUGCCGCCUGGGGCGUUCCCUUCUUGUUUGUUUCCGUUCUGAUUGGACUCUCUGUCAGGCUCAACAGAUGCAGGACUUUUGUCUCAAACCCGUUGUGUGACAAUGCCUCUUUGUUUAAGCUCUCUUGUGAAAGUGUGGAAAUCAAUAACAUCUAUGGCCUCUUUUACACAGUGCUGCUGCUGGUAGCAUCGGUCGGCUGCAUUGUUGUAACCUACGGAAAGAUUGCUGUGAUAUGUCUGACCAGUAAGAACAAAUCAAUGCAGAAAAAAGCCCUAAAAACCUGCAGCACUCACCUGGUUGUCUACCUGGUUUUGUCGUUCAGUGGAUUUAGUGUUAUUGCGCUCCAUCGAUUUCCUCAGUAUUCAUAUUAUAGAAAAAUUCUCACGAUUCUGUUUUAUAUUAUACCUGGAAGUCUGAACACUAUUAUUUAUGGUGUCCAGUCAAAAUAG